AUGCUCGGCAGCUACGCUCAGCCGAACAACCGGCCGCUUUUCGGCUGGACUUUGGUGGCCAAAGCCACCGAUAAUUCAUCGGAUAUUCUGAAGCAGCCGACUGAUUACGCUCUAGUCUGGUCCAACGGUAACGCCUCCAUCUUCAACCCCGCCUAUUUCUGGCUCCCAAUUCCGCCCGAAGGUUACAAAUCGCUCGGCCUCGUCGUCACCACCUCCCCGGGAAAGCCAUCCCUAGACAAGAUCAAAUGCGUUAGAUCCAACUUCACCGCCGAUGCAGAGAUAGACGACUGGAUUUGGGGAAAUGUGUAUGGAUUGAGGCCUAAAAUCAGAGGCGCCGGCGCGCAGGCGGUGAGUGUAGGCGCAUUCUCCCUCCAAAGCGACGCCGUUUCGUUGUCUUGUUUGAUCAACACGAAUCCUAACUACACAACCGGAAAGCUGAAUGGAUUUCAAAUGGAAACCUUAUUUCAAGCUUAUGCACCCUACAUUUAUUUCCACCCCAAGGAAAAAUACCUCCCUUCAUCAGUUGAGUGGUUUUUCAACAACGGCGCUUUGCUAUACACGAAAGGGCAGGAAUCGAACCCUGUUGGGGUUGAGUCGAAGGGUCUGAACCUCCCUACGGGAGGUUCAGACGACGGCUUGUACUGGCUUGACCUCCCGACCGAGGAUGAAGCCAAGGAUAGAGUUAAGAGCGGGGAUUUACUAAGUGCGGAAGCGUACGUCCACUUCAAACCGGUUCUCGGUGGGACCUUCACCGAUAUUCAGGUGUGGAUGUUUUAUCCUUUCAACGGCCAUGCGAUUGCGAAACUAGGGUUUAUAAAAAAAAGGUCGCUCGGGAGAGCCGGAGAGCACGUGGGUGACUGGGAGCACGUGACGCUGCGCGUCAGCAACUUCGACGGCGCUCUAUGCAAAGUCUACUUCUCACAACACAGCGGCGGGAGAUGGGUCGAUGUAACUCAGCUGCAGUUUCAAAGCGGGAAUAGAUUUGUGUGGUACGCUUCGAGGAAUGGGCACGCCGGGAACUACGAGGCGGGAACGUUUCUGCAGGGGCCCGGGAAUGGGGUCGGGAUACGAAACGAUUGGGAAAAGAGUGAUAAGGUGGUGGAUACAGGGGCGAGUUUCGUGGUGGUGGCGACGGAGUUGGAGGCGGAAGUGGUGGCGGAGCCGGUGUGGUUGGGGUAUGAGAGGAAAUGGGGGCCGACGAAGGAUUACGAUACGGCGGCGGAGGUGAGGAGGGCGAAGAAGUGGCUGCCGGGAGAGUUGAAGAAGGCGCUUGAGGGUUUGGUGAAAUUGCUUGAUGAAUUAUUUGGGAUGGAAGGGCCCACGGGGCCUAAGCUCAAAAAUAAUUGGAGUGGGGAUGAGUUAUAG